UUUUUUUUUUUUUUUUUCUCUUUCUCCAAUUUUUUUUCCCUCCCCUCCUAUCGCUCCCUAAAGGAGUUUGCGGAGAGCGGGGCUCCCUCAUUCCCGGUUGCGCCGCCGCCGCCCUCCGCCAGCCCCCGCCCGCGGCUCCGCACGGCCGCGGGGCAGCGCCAUGGGCGCCGGCAGCUCCACCGAGCCGCCCGCCCCGGAGGACGGGGACGGAGCCGCCGCCGGGCCCCCCGGCACCCCUCCGGAGCUGCUCCCGGCAGAAGAAGCAGCGGCGCCCCAGCCGCCGGCGGAGCCCGCCAAGGUUUUAGAUGCCAGUUUACCAGUACCUGAUGCUAAAGAAGACAGUUUGGAGCACGAUGCCCCACCACAGGAGCCACAGCAGCCAGGAGCUGCUACAGCACCUCAGGAGCUGGAUGGGCAGCAGUCAGAGGUGGCUUCACCGCUCCCAGAACCACCUGGAGAGCAAGCAGAGGCUGCUGGAACAAAUGUUGGACAGACAGAACAUUCCAGUGUAACUCUGAAGGAAGAAGCUGAAACUAUGGAGACAAGUCCAUCUGCUGCAAGCACCAAGGAUGGUGUAGAUGCUGAGAAAGACGAUGACGAGGAUGCUAAUACAGUUAAACAGUUGCCAUCUUUGGAAGAAGAUGCAGAAAACCUUGACCAAGCGUCUGAGCCACAGUCUUAUGAUCUGGGUUUUAAAAAGGUUUUUAAAUUUGUUGGAUUCAGAUUCACAGUGAAGAAGGAAAAGACAGGGAAAUCGGAACCAGUUCAGCUGCUUACCGUAAAAAAAGAAACACAAGUCCUUGAAGGAGCUGGUGAUGAAAAAGAAGUCAGCUCAGAAGAAACAGCAAUGCCCAAGGAUGCACACUGUGCAGAAGACAACACCGAAGACACAUUGAAAAAUGAACAAACAGAACAUGAGUCUCCUAAAACACCAGAAACAAAUGAGAUUUGUUCUGAGUCAGCUGCCUUAGCCACUGAUACUGCAUCACCAUUGAGAAGAUUUUUUACUCAGGGAUGGAGUGCAUUUAGAAAAAAGAAGAGUUUUAGGAAGCCUAAAGAAGAUGAACUACAGUCCCCUACACAAGAAGAGGAGCAAGAAAAAGAGGGGUCAACAUUAACAGCUGAAACCAGUGAAAAGGAGGAGAAAUCUGAGUUCGAGAAGCAAGAUGAAGAAAAGAACAUGACAGCAGUAACUACUGAAGUGCAUGAGACGGAGCAAACUGAUGGUGAAAAACAGGAAUCAGAAAAGACUGUGGCAGUCAUAGGAGCUGAAGCAUGUGAGAAGGAAGAGUUUAUCAGGCAUAAUGAGACGGGACAAAAAGAUGAUGUAGCAGCAGCAGUUGCUAAAGAAAGCGCGAUGGAGAAAAAAGCUGAAGAAGGUGGUCAAGAAGGGAACCUGGUGGAAGUCUCAGAAGAUCUUGGUCAAAAGGAAGAAAAAACUGAAGAAGGAGGGAAAGAAAGUGAGGUGACAGAGAAACCACUAAAAACAAAGUCAGUGGUACCUGUUAUCACUGAUAGUGUGAAUGGAGAAUUGAAAACGUUCUCUGAAGUACUACCUGUGGGAGAAAAACCGGAGUCAACUGGAGUCAAGUGUGAAACAGAGGACAGAAAUGAAAUAGCCUCUGAAGAGAAACUUGAAGCAGGAUCUUUGGCUAUUGAAAUUUCUAGUGAACAGCUCAAAAAAUCUGAAGAAGGAGAAGGAAAUAAACCUUCUCCACUGGGGAAAGAAACUUGUGAUGAAAAAGCAGAGGAAGCAGAAUUGAAAAUUUCACCCACAUCAGAAGACAUAACUGGAAAGUUAGACACACAAGGAGAAGCUCAAGAUAGAACCACAGAGAAGAAAGCAAGCAAAGAGCAUGAGACAAAACUGACUCUGGAUGCUCCUGCGUUGAAGUCCUUUUCUACUUCUGAAUGUUCUGUUGACGCGGAGGAUGAUCAACGGACAAUUAAACCCAUUGAUGAAGGUCUGCAGGGAAAAACUGGCAUAGUUCUGACUGAUACUGUCAAACCAGAUGAAAUAACCACAGAAAUAACUCCUGAAGAGGCAGCUGGAAAGAGGCCUCCAGAAGGUAUCAUAAAUGAAGCUGAACUGUUGUCUUCUCAAGAAAAAACUAGACCACAAGGCAGCCCUUUAAAGAAACUCUUUACAGGGACUGGAUUAAAAAAACUGUCUGGGAAGAAACAAAAAGGCAAAAGAGAAGAAUCUAAGUUAGGGGAACAGGGUGAACCAAUUCAACACUUAUCAGAUUCCCCGGAUAGCCCAGAGGAACAGAAGGGGGAGAGUUCUGCUUCUUCUCCUGAUGAGAUGAAUGAAAUUCCUUCUUUGGAAAAAUCUGCAGAUGGAAUGCAAGUCACUGAAAAUGAAGAAGCUUCAACCUCGGAUGUGGAGCGGAAAAGAGAAAGUGUUACAGCCUGGGCAUCAUUUAAAAAGAUGGUGACUCCCAAGAAACGUGUCAGAAGACCUUCUGAAAGUGAUAAAGAAGAAGAAAUUGAUAAGACAAAGGAUGCUGCAGUGUCUGCAACUGAAAAUGCUGUUGAUGAAAAGCAGGGAGAAUUCAAAGAAAAUGGGAUGGACCAGAAACCAGAGAAAGCCACGGAAGAGCCCAAAAGAAAGGUUGACACCUCUGUGUCCUGGGAAGCUUUUAUAUGUGUAGGUUCUUCAAAGAAAAGAGCCAGGAGAAAAUCAUCAUCAUCUGAUGAAGAAACUGAACAUAAACUUGCUCAAGAAAGCCAAAAAGUGGAAGAGCCUGGACAGACCAAAGAAACGGUAACAGAUGCAAUUCUUACUAGCUCUCAGGAGAGUGAUCAAGGACAAGGGAAUUCUUCCCCAGAACAAGCCGGAAGCCCAUCUGAAGGUGAAGGUAUUUCAACAUGGGAAUCCUUUAAAAGGUUAGUCACUCCAAGAAGGAAAUCCAAAACCAGAAUGGAAGAGAGGACUGAAGACUCUGUGGUGGGAUCCAGCCUGGAGCAUUCAACAUCAGAUGGUGAGCCUGGAAAAGAUGAAUCGUGGGUUCCAUUUAGAAAACUGAUGCCUAGGCGUAGGAAGAAAAAGUCAGAUGGGAAGCCAGAACCAAAUAAUCUUAAACAAACAAGAGAAGACAUGGCAGAAACAGCUGAAGAAGAUUCAGAUAUUCCAGCUGUUGUUCCUUUAUCUGAAUAUGAAGCAGCAGAGCAGGAAAAAAUGGAAGCCCAACAAACAAAAGAUGCUGAAGUGAUGAGAGAACGAACCUCAGAGGAAGAGAGAGCCGAAAAAUUAGAGGAGAGCCUGAGAAUUGAACAAGGACAUGAAGGACUGGUGCACGUGGUUACUGUUACCGUUGUGGAAGGGGAAAGGGCAGUCAGCAGUAUUGAAGAAAGGUCACCAUCCUGGAUAUCUGCUGCUCUGACAGAGUGCAUUGAGCAGGCAAAAGAAGAGGAAGAGAAGGAAACUGAGAUAACAUUUGAAUCAGAUGUUCUUGUGGAAGAAGCAGUGGUAGCUGCUAAGACAGAGCCAGAGAUGAGAAAGGAUCAAAGUGACGACACCACAGCAAGUGAGCUAGAGCUAACCUCCGAAGCAGUGACAGCUCUGGAAGAGACAGCAGAAGCUUCCUGUGCUGAAGGAACAAUGGAAGUAUCCUUUGCUGAGGAGACAACUGAGAUGGUUUCUGCUGUUUCACAGUUGUUAGAAACCCCAGAUACUACAGAGGAGGUUACACCUGUACAAGAAGUAGAGGCCACUGAACAAAAUCUAAAAGAGUUAGACAAACAAACACAGAAAGUUCUUCAGGAAGUUGCUGAAAGAGUAAAGUCAGCAGAUGCAGCCCAGCUGGUUAGUGAAAGAACCAUGACAAAAACUGUAAUUACAACAGUGGAAGGAAUUGAGUCAGAAGUGAAAGAUGAUGCUAAAGAUGGGCAAGUUGUAGGCCAGGCAACUGUUUUGCUUGACCAGUCCUUAAAAACAGAAGAACAUAAAGAUGACCUCCAGGCACUGGGAAGUGCAGGGAGCAUUCAGGAUCAAACUGGACUUGAAGGGAGUGUCCUACCAGAAGCUUCUGAGAGAAUUGAACUAUCUGCUUCAACAAAAGAAAGCACAGAAGGAUGUGAAAAUGUAGAUGUAUCAAGAGAUGAAAGCCAGUGUCAGACAUGUGAGGAACCAGUUGUAGACGACCAUGAAGAAAUAUCAGAAGCUCAGAGAACAGUAGAGGAACCUUCAUCAGAAGACAGAGACCCUCAGAUUGUCAAAGCAGUCACUCCUGAAGAAGAGCCAUUUCCAAAACAGGAGGCUUCAGAACAAGAAAAACUACCCAUAACGGAUUUUGCAGUAGAUGAGACAAGAGAUGAAUGUAUUCCAGACGUGCACACUGCAGUGCAGGACAAGAUGGAGGAUGAAACCUCUACCUUGGGGCUUCCACCUGAAGAGCCUGUGCAGCUUGAAGGACAGGACAAAACCCUCAUGAUGGGACCAGAAUGCACAGAAGCAGCUGUCACUGUGGUCCCCAUGAAACCUGAAAGACAAGAUGAAAUUCCUGACUUAGACUCCCAAGAGCAAACUUGUACCAAAGGAGCUCCUGGCAAGGCACCUGCCCAGAUAGAGGAAAAAGAAGAUGAUACUGUGCUCCUUGGAGAAGAAAGCACAAAAGUUGCUGUUACUGAGGUUCCUCUGCAGAACGAAGUAAAAACCUUUGCCCUUCCUUCAGAAACAACUGGCUCAGAGGCAGCUGCAGAUGCUGAGCAGAAUGUGAGGGAUGGGGAUGGCAGGCAGAUUAAAGCAAAAGAUCCUGUGCCCUUCGUUGAGCCCCAGUGCAGAGAAAAAACAACUGAAAUCCCCUCCCAGAGUGAUGAAACUGAGGGUGGGAAAAUGGAAGAUGCUGUGCCCAAACCUGAAACACACUUAGAGAGGGGUACCCCUGUCACUGAGGCUCCCCUGCAGAUCGAAGCAGACAGUGUAUCUAAUGUAUCAGCACGCCCAGAUCUCCCUGAAAAUGGAAGCACCAUCCUCACUGACACAAUUCCUAAGAAAUGUGAAACACUAAGCAGCUUAGCUGAAGAAGAGACUGUAGAAAAAGAAGAAAAACUUCUAGAAACCUCCACCUGUCAAGACUUUCAGAAAGAAGAUAACAAAAAUGAGCACUUGAUGGAAAGAGCCAAAGAAGUAUUUGAAUCCGGAAAAGGGGAGGCUGUGAGAGGUGCUGAAUGUUCAAGUGCUGUCCAGCAAGAGGUUUUAACUGUGCAAGAGGAAGGCUCUGACUCAACCUUCCCACAAGCUAAAAGCUUGGAGGCUCUCACUGUGCCUGUGCCUGCAGCAGCUGCAGCAGAUGAAGAGCACAUCAUGGCAGAAUCUGUGACACCCGCAGACACAACAUCUGAAACUGUACAGCCCUUGGCAACCACAGCAGAACAGAUGGCUUCAGAAGGGGUCCCAGUUGCUGCUGUUGACUUUUCAGGCUGUGGGACUGCAGAGCUUGGUAGUGCAGGAACACCUGAGCCUCAAGUAUCUCCCACUUCUAUGAAUGGAUUGUUAGAGGAGCAAGAGAGGCCCCAGAGUACAGAGCAACCCAAACAAAAUGGUAUUCCUUUAAUUCACAGUCUGUCUCUCACCCACACGGAAUUUGAGAAGGACAUUGUUCAGUCUGCGAGUAUAGAGUCCCAGAGCACUAAAAUUGUAUCAAACGCCAUUGAGACAGCUGUUCAGAAACUUGCAGAAACAGAAAAGCCAGCUGCCUUUGAGCCACAGCAGUGCAUUAAGUCCACAGGGAAAAGCCCAUCAGAUACACCUGAGCUGCUGGAAAGUACGCAGGUGGAUCAUCAGCUUCCAGAAGGCAAGGAAGAGAUAUGGAAUAAUGGACAAGAGCUCCAGCAAUCACAAAUAGUGAAAACUGCUACAGUAACAGAGUCUGCAGAAAUUCAUGCACCUGUAGAAAAGACAAAAGACAUGCUGUUAACUUCGGAGGUGCUGGAAGAUGGACCAAAUCAGAAUUCUUUAACAAUUAUGACUAGCCCUGAAGACAUUUCGACGGAAAGUGAGGGACUUCAGAAAUCAACACUAGAACUAAGUACUUCAGAAAAUUUGACCAAAGACCCCAUAGACAUACACCCACCUAAAUUAAGGGAAAAAGAAGUUGGAUGGAUUAUGGAAAUUACAGACAAACAUACAGGUCAGCAAAUGUGCAGAGAAAGCGAGGAAGAACAACAUCCUCUCCCAGUGGAAGAUGGAAAAAAACAGAAAUGGGAGGAUGAUAAUUGCCAAGAAGCAACAUCUUGUGAUAGUCCACAAAGUCAGAACUCAGUGGCUCCUGAGGCCUUGAAUAUGUGCUAAGCAUCCAUGUGGCAUUUGGAGAGAUGCCAGUCCUAGAGAACAACUGACAAUCCUGCAGCAAAACCAGGAGCUUUAUUCACUCCCCUUCAUUCUUGGAUGUUAACAUUUGCAUUUUGAAGACUUCACCCUUUUUGUCAUUUCUAUGAAAAAAAACAAUGCCUUUAAUGUUGGCUAUAUCUACAUGUGUGUUCCAUUUGAAGGGCAUUCACUUUUGCCCAAAAUAUACGAUUUAGACUGGAGAUAGACAACUGAGUGAAUGGAUAGACCAUUAAAUUUGUGCCACUGUUAUUACCCCACUUAACAUGUGUCUUGUCUGUCCCACCUCCUUGAAUCCCUUCACUCAUCCCUCAAUCUCCCUCCCUUUCUGCAGUCUCCCUUACCCCCCACAUCUUCCCUAGCUGCCUUGAUUUGACCUACAAGUGGCUGUAGAUGCUGCUUGACUCGUGUGAGGGGGAGGAGGAAGGCUGGCUGAUGAGAACGCAUGAGACUUCUGGCUGAGUAGCAGACAUGUCUUCAUCAAACAGCAGGAACUGGAUCACACACAAAUUCUUGAGCAAGAUACUCAAGAUUGCUGCCUUUCGGUCCCAUUCAGGUAUCUCUAUCCAUCCUUCAGUUGUAUCUGUGCAGGCCUGAUUUAGUCAGAAACGACUUCUACGGUGUAGCUUGAAAGGAGACUGAGAAUACCCUUCUUCUGUUGUUCCAGACUUCAGGUCUCAGGACUAGACUGUAAUGUGUUGAAUAUUUAUAUGUAUGUCUUAAAUCCAGUUCUGAUUUUAAGGUAGAGCUAUGAUACUUCUGUACUAUUUAGGAAUACCCUUAAAUGAAUUUUGUAGAGUAGCUUGGAGAGGAAAUUGAUACCAUUGGAGCGGAAAUUGGUAACACGUACUUUCCUAUUUAUUGUUCCAGGUUUUUCCCCUUGUAAAAUCUCUCAAAAACUUGGCUGCCUUGCUUUGAAUACUUAUAUGUAUGUCCUAAACCCAGUUCUGAUUUUAAUGUAGAACGACAAUACUUCUAAAAACAAAAGAGGCCUGACCUGUGUCAGAUCCACCAACCACUCCUACUUGCAAUCUUCCCUCGUUACUGAGAAUCCUCCAGACUUACCAUUUCCCUGCUGUCUUGCUCAUGUAACAACCCUCAAAUCACACCCCUCUCAUUUCAGAGUCUGCUCAUUUCUGGUCACUGCCUCAUCCAACCCCAGGCCUUUACCUAAACCUACACCAUCAAACAUCCUUCCUGCAGAAAGCCUUCCUUCUUUCCCAACCCCUGCCUGAACCUCUUUCCUAUCACAGCAGGUGGAGGAGCAGGAAGGAGGGAAAGGGCUUGGUAAUGAACUCUGUUUUGGAUUGCAAAACUCUGAUGAGAAUUUUGGGGUGCUGAAAUCUUAAAAAUCUUCAUGUAAGAUGGAUUGGACUGACAACAGCUGUAGACCAGAAUGAGCAGGGUGAUUUAACAAUGGGAAGAAGCCUCAAGACUGCAAGCCCUGGUGUGUCUGUCCCCAACAGGAGUUGGUCCUCUCUUUUGUUGUUUACAUUAAAAUCAAAUAUGGGGUACAAGUCCAUACUUUCAGCUCUGAUUUGUAAAGUGAAGGUUACAGAUCACACUUUAUGAAACUGAUGCCCAUCAAGUUGAAAAAUAGCUCGCUAUCCUACCUGUAUAGUAAUUUAUUUUAAAAACAACUCCUAGUGUACAAAUGCUCUUGUUAUGGUAGGGCUUGCCUCUCCUUGAGGCUGCACAUACAGCAAGCAAUGCGACUGAUUGCACUGGUGUGACUGCACCAUCUGGUGCUGCCCUGCGUGGAAGCAUCAAAAGAUUUUUCCUUACCUCAGAGCAAAUUAUAUAAAUAUUUAAAGCCCAACAAUGUGGUUUCAAACAAUCCAGUCUAUGUCUGUCCAUUGUUAGCAGCAGCUUCCCCCCUUAGCUUUGGGCAAUUCCAACAACCUCGGUUGGUUUCCACAGGUUUAAGUUGGCUUGCAAGUUAAUAGUGCUCUUAAUAACACCUCAUAAGUGCAAACUUGGCUGAAUUUGUACAAAUUGUAUACCUAUGUACAUUAAGCCAUAUUGCAAUAACUGCAGCAGGUAAAAUGAAAUAACAAUAGCAUGACCUGUGUAAUCCUGAUUCUUAUGUUUGUAGCUCCAAAGCUGUUAAUAAUAUGUAAAGUUAAUUCUUGUCUGAACCUCAUUUAAAUAAAGCUAGCUUUACCACAGUGUAAAUUGUCUGUUGGUAGUAAUUGGACAGGCGAGUGCUUAAACUUGCCUGUUUUCUCCGUUAAUCCAGGGCCUAGGUAAGCAAUGCAACAAAUUUAACUAUAAAACAAAUACAAAAGCUGCUUCUUGUAGCUGCCAGCUAAAGAAAUUCUGCACCCAAACCCACGCUAAUGGUGCAAGGGGCAUGCCUCCACAGAAAGAUACUACUUUGUUCCAGCGUAUUGCUUUGGCCUCUGAAACUCUCAUUUGAGACUGUGACUUCUGGCUUGUGCUUAAAAGCUUGAAGCUUUCUCUAAUCCAAUGUACUGGGUUACUAAAUUUGUGUUUUUAAGGUAGAUUUUAAUUGAUUAAAUAAAAUAAAGCUACACAUUUGUUCUAAA